AUGACAGGCGCUCCGCCAUACAAAGCCCAGUCCCCGACUCCGCAGCAUCGGCUCGCUGUCUACGACUCCCCGACCAAGAACCGCCCAUUCUAUCCCAGUAAUGAGCAGCCACAGGGACAGCAGCAGCAACAGUACUCCCAGCAUCCGCCCCAGACACCCCCGGCCUUCGGUCCACCCUCCGUCCCACGAAGCCCGCGCUUUUCGCACGCGUCUUCGCCGCUGCCCUCCUCCCUGCCACCACCCUUGAACGGUGCCGCACCGCCUCCCCACCCAUCCCAUCCGGAGUCUUCCUCGCAAUACCCGGGGUCUUCGACCAGUGCGACUCCCGGGCUGCCACUGCCACGUCCAUUCGCAAGCUCCGUGAUGCCUGGCAACGGGACUUCGCCUUACGGCCCCUCGACACCGCAUGGGCAUCAUUCGGGCCGACCGGAUGCCGGCUCGCAGUCCCCUACUCGCGAAUCCGAAUCGCCGUAUCGGAUGAGAGGCAAUGGGGCAGGAUAUGGACAGUCUGCGCCCAGGCCAGCAUCCCCUCCCCGGGAAUCGCAUCCUGUCCGGGCCGACAGAGGAAGAGCCGGCAAGGAAAUCAACCCCCCGCCCUCAGCUGCCACAUCCACACCCCAGGGGCAUUCGCAAUCUGACAAUCGCCAUUCUGAGUCUGGCCCGGCCCCCGGCACCUUCUAUCAUAGGUCGGACAAAGGACCGGCAAUGGAAAGACAACAUGCCGAGCCUCCAAAGGGCAUAUUCAGCCCCAACGGGCUGUCCAAGGCAGGAUCGGAGCUGUCAAGCCUUGCGCCACGCGCACCACAAAGGAAACCCUUCCCGCCAGGUGUUGAUGCGGAGCAAGUGAACUGCGCCAUGAAGGACAUCGACAAUGGCGAGAAGAGUGACGUCGAAGGUCCUGGCUUCGAAGAGGAGCUGGAAAUCUAUCGCGAGAAAGGCCAGAAGCGAUUGAUUGAGAGCAGCCGCGCAGAGCAAAUCCGUCGCAAGCGCCGUCGCAACCACAUCUUAGUCGAGCUCGGUCGGUCCUUUGAGAAGCAGGCUAUUUUGGGCACAGAACGGUUCCGUAUCGAUAACGAAGGCUCCGUCAUUGCCGAAGUCCAGCAAAAAGAGAUCCAGGACGAGAAGGAGCGAAAGAAGGACAUGCAACGAAAGCGUCGCCGGGAGAAUACGGUGCGUGUGGAGAUGCAGAAGAAGCUGGAGGCCGAACGAAAGGCGGAUAAGGCCCAGGACUCAGCAGAGAAGGCCAAGUUUCUGCGCGAGGCGGAACGGGCUCAGAAGAAAAUUCGAUCCACCAAGCGUGCCCUGGAGGGUGGAAGUGCCCAGGACGAGCUCGGCGAGGUCACUCCAUUGGCGCCCAACCUCGAAGGCGGCACCACUAGCUCAUUCCAUAUUGGCCGGGGAUCGCCCUCGCGUCGCCGGUCUGGACGGGGCGGCCCUAUUACACGGCCGAAAAAGUCCAAGGAGCAGAAGCAGGCUGAGAAGGAUGCUGCCGAAAAUGCCUACUUGGCCGGCCUGGACGACGACUCGAUCUACCUUACCCCGCGCGAUUCCAAGAAAGAUGGCAGAUCGAAGGAGGGCACCCCCAUGCUGCAUUUGCACUACGACAGCAAGGGUUACAACCAGAUCUACGAACAAAUUUGGCGUGAUAUUGCCCGCAAGGACAUCCCCAAGGUCUACCGCAUCAAGACCACGUCGCUUUCGACCCGUCAAGAGAAUCUGCGCAAGACUGCCCAGCUGGCUAGCAAGCAGUCGCGGAAAUGGCAGGAGCGGACUAAUAAGAGCACCAAGGAUACGCAGGCUCGUGCCAAGCGCACGAUGCGUGAGAUGAUGUCCUUCUGGAAGCGCAACGAGCGUGAGGAGCGUGAUCUGCGUCGUCUAGCAGAGAAGCAAGAGCUGGAGUCGGCUAAGAAGGCUGAGGCCGAACGCGAAGCCAACCGACAGAAGCGCAAGCUCAACUUCCUUAUCUCUCAGACUGAGCUGUACUCCCACUUCAUCGGUCGCAAGAUCAAGACCGCCGAGGCCGAAGCCACCGGAGAUGGAACUGUCGCCGGUAGUAAUGAGACUGUUCGACCUGGCAAACCCCAAGCGCACACUGUUAAUCUCCCCGACAGCGUCGCGAACUCCAAUGCCAAGGUCACCAACUUCGAAGACUUGGACUUUGAUGCCGAGGACGAAAGUGUGCUGCAACAGGCGGCCAUGGCUAAUGCUCAGAAUGCUGUACAGCAAGCCCAGGAUCGCGCCCGGGCGUUUAACAACGAAGGAGGCGAUAACCAAAUGGCUGCCUUCGAUGAGGGUGAAAUGAACUUCCAGAACCCGACCAGUCUUGGUGACAUUGAGAUCUCUCAGCCAACCAUGUUGACCGCCAAACUCAAGGAGUACCAGCUGAAAGGUCUGAAUUGGCUUGUCAACCUGUACGAACAGGGUAUCAACGGUAUCCUGGCCGACGAGAUGGGACUUGGCAAGACCAUCCAGUCUAUUUCCGUCAUGGCCUACCUUGCUGAGUUCCACAACAUCUGGGGACCUUUCCUGGUUAUCGCGCCCGCAUCGACACUGCACAAUUGGCAACAAGAAAUUGCUAGGUUUGUUCCGAACAUUAAGGUCUUGCCUUACUGGGGUAAUGCCAAAGAUCGUAAGAUUCUUCGCAAGUUCUGGGAUCGCAAGCAUAUCACCUAUACCCGUGACUCGGAGUUCCAUGUGCUGGUUACUUCUUACCAGCUCGUUGUUCUUGAUGCCCAGUACUUCCAGAAAGUCAAAUGGCAGUAUAUGAUUCUGGACGAGGCUCAGGCCAUCAAGUCCUCUCAAAGUUCGCGUUGGAAGAAUCUGUUGGGUUUCUCCUGCCGUAACCGUCUCCUGUUGACCGGUACGCCUAUUCAGAACAACAUGCAAGAGCUUUGGGCCUUGUUGCAUUUCAUUAUGCCUACAUUGUUCGAUUCCCAUGACGAGUUCAGCGAAUGGUUCUCUAAAGACAUCGAGUCCCAUGCCCAGAGUAACACGAAACUGAAUGAGGAUCAGCUCAAGCGUCUCCAUAUGAUUUUGAAGCCCUUCAUGCUUCGUCGUGUCAAGAAGCAUGUGCAACAAGAACUUGGUGAUAAGGUCGAGAAGGACAUCUUCUGUGACCUCACCUAUCGCCAGCGUGCUCUGUACGCCAACCUGCGGAAUCGUGUCAGCAUCAUCGACCUCAUUGAGAAGGCUGCUGUUGGCGAUGAUACCGAUAGCACUACGCUGAUGAACUUGGUCAUGCAGUUCCGAAAGGUCUGCAAUCAUCCUGAUCUGUUCGAGCGCGCCGAGACCAGAUCCCCCUUCUCAGUCGGACAUUUUGCCGAGUGCGCUUCCUUCAUUCGCGAAGGAUACUUCGUGGAUGUCCGAUAUUCCACCAGAAACCGGAUUGAGUACCCAUUACCUCGGCUUCUUUGCAGUUCCGCUGCUCGCCUAGAUGUACCGGGCCCCGAAAAUGAUCGUGCCGGGUUCCAAGGGAAAUACCUGUCGAACCUGAUGAACGUCUGGAACACGGAAAACAUCCAUCAGAGUGCGCGGGAGGAUGGAGCAUUCUCCUUCUUGCGAUUUAUCGAUACAUCUGCCGGAGAAGCUAGUGAAUACUCCCGUCUUGGUGUUUUCGAGCGCGCGGUGCGCCUUCGUGAUAAGCCAAACCGGCUUUCGCGUCUGAAUGUCGUCUACGGUGAUCAAGAGAAUGAGUCACUGGAAAAGUCGGUGUGGGCCCAGUCCAUGCUUAACAUCGUGGACCGCAACAAUCGGCAGGCCCUGAAUGAGAUCACGCCUGAGGGUCGGAUGCGCAGCCUGAUGAAUGUGUCUAGGUCAGCAUUUGACGACCAGGGCCUGAAUCUCAUCGAGCCAUGUGCUUCUCCUGCCGCCUCGGCGCCGCCGAUCACGGUCUCCUGCUCGGGUCAAGAGGCACAUCGCGAAACCCAGAGAACCUUGUUCAGCCCCGUCGUCCGACAGGCAUUGUUUGACACACGUACCAGACAGGUUGACGAACAGAUCAUAGCAAACAAGCUGGAUCCCGCCCCCUACUCGAAGACACCGAUGCUUCCGGAACCACUCUCGCGCAAGGCCCGCUACACCCACAUCGAAGUUCCCAACAUGCGGCGUUUCGUCACAGACUCGGGCAAGCUUGCAAAACUCGACGAGCUGCUGCGAGAGCUCAAAGCUGGUGGCCAUCGUGUUCUCUUGUACUUCCAGAUGACGCGCAUGAUCGACUUGAUGGAGGAGUACCUGACCUACAGAAACUACAAGUACUGCCGACUGGACGGGAGCACAAAGCUGGAAGAUCGUCGCGACACUGUGGCCGACUUCCAGACGAACAACGACUUAUUCGUCUUUCUGCUGUCCACUCGUGCCGGUGGUCUUGGUAUCAACCUCACAGCUGCCGACACGGUCAUCUUCUACGAUUCCGACUGGAACCCGACCAUCGAUUCCCAGGCCAUGGACCGCGCACAUCGUCUCGGUCAGACACGCCAGGUCACGGUCUACCGCCUCAUCACCCGCGGUACGAUCGAAGAGCGGAUUCGCAAGCGCGCUCUGCAGAAGGAAGAGGUGCAGCGCGUCGUCAUUUCCGGUGGUGCGGCCGGCGGCGUCGACUUCAACACCCGCGCCCGCGAGAAUCGCACCAAGGAUAUUGCCAUGUGGCUCGCAGACGACGAUGAGGCGGAACUCAUCGAACAGAAGGAGAAGGAGGCGCUUGAGCGCGGUGAAGCUUUCGGUGCUGCUAAGGGCGGGAAGAAGGCUACGCAGAAACGGAAGCGUGAGCUCACCAUGGAUGAUAUGUAUCAUGAAGGUAAAGCCCCCUGCCCAUGUUUUACUAGGGUGUCCAGAUGGUUGACUGACGAUCUCUAUUCUACAGGCGAGGGUAAUUUCGACGACGCAAGCGCUAAGCCAUCGGGCACUGCGACGCCCAUGUCAGACAACCUCGACACACCACCCGCCGCGGCCGCGGCCGCCGUACCAGCGAAGCGCGGCCGAGGACGUGGCGGAAGCAAAGCAGGCACAUCCAAACGAGCCAAAACCAUGAAGGAACGACUCCGUCUAAUCGACGGCGACGGCGGACUCACUUAA